GCAAAACAUAAACAAUGUUGCAAGAGAGAGUCACCUAACUAAAUAAAUAAGCUCGAGAUUGGAUAUGACGAAUUUCAGUACCGUAAAUCCAACACUAGAUGAUUUAAAAUGCCAGUUGAUUUCUACCGGAAGCUGUGUAAACGAAACCCUUUCUUCAGGUCUUGAGUGUAUCAGCGACGCAAAUUCUAUAGACUACAGUUGUGAAUUGAAUUUGUACUUCCAGGAUGAAACUUCUUACAAUUGCUUCCAAUGUUCAAAUAAUUCCUUGGAUAAAAAAAGCAACAACACUUCAUGUAAUACUAGACUUAAGUUGAAAAUGAUGUCUAUUUUAUAUGAGAAUGCAUUAAAAAGAUUAUGGCUGAAGAUUCCAGACUUUGGAGUAUGUGAAUGGGAUACUUUAUUUUGUUAUGACGAUUUUUCAAAUCGGACGUUUUACAUCGAUACUGUGGGUGGGAUAGUAAAUAAUUCUCUAUAUAAUACGUUCCAAUGUCAAUGGGGCCUCGGUAAUAAAACGGGUGAUGUUGGUGAAGUGACUUACGAAUGGAGUUUUUUAUUUGUGAUAUUAUUUAUUGUGGCCGGUGGUGUUGGCAAUAUUCUGGUUUGUUUAGCUGUGUGUUUGGACAAGAGAUUGCAAAACGUGACAAACUAUUUUCUAUUAUCCUUAGCUAUUGCUGAUUUACUAGUCAGUCUGUUUGUGAUGCCGAUGGGAGCUAUUCCAGGGUUCUUGGGUUACUGGCCUCUAGGCGUCGUGUGGUGUAAUGUGUACGUGACUUGUGAUGUGCUCGCUUGCUCUGCUAGUAUCAUGCACAUGUGCUUUAUCAGUAUUGGCAGGUACCUUGGCAUUCGAAACCCUUUGAAGAGUCGCCAUCAUUCAACCAAGCGCCUGGUUGUCAUAAAGAUCGCGCUCGUCUGGCUUCUCAGCAUGUUGGUGUCAAGCUCAAUCACAGUAUUAGGUAUUAUCAACAGAACGAACAUAAUGCCAACACCGGACCUCUGCGUGAUAAACAAUCGUCUAUUUUGGGUCUUCGGUUCUCUGGUCGCCUUUUAUAUACCGAUGUUAAUGAUGGUAGUCUCGUUUGCGUUGACGGUGCAACUGUUGAAGAGACAGGCGAGGCUGGCAGCAAAUCCCGUACCCGGAGGGACCCAGAGACGGCAAUGCGGUGGCUACGACAACGGACCACUGCAGUGCGUUCGUCGGCUGGGUGCCAGGUCUCCAGAACUCUCCCCCGAUGUAGCUUCUAGGCAGAUGACUUGGCGAGUUACUUCUACAUCACGAUCCCAGCGUAACAAGAUAGGCAUGAGUACAACGCAUCCACAGCUGAGCUAUAUGAAUGGUUGUAGCAACAACAACACCAGCUCAGUCUCCUCGCGACGGAACAGGGAUGUGGCGACGCAGACCCCACCCAGCAUCAGCGCUGAGACCAGACGAGCGAGACUGAACCCUCUAAAGAUCUCUUUGGCCGCACCUAAUGCCUUAUCAUUACGGUUUCUGGCUAGUCGCAAGAAAGACCGGUCGAUGUCGGCUAACGCAGUGGCCAACGAACAGAAAGCUACGAAGGUGCUUGGACUUGUCUUCUUCACUUUCGUACUUUGCUGGGCACCGUUCUUUUUACUCAACAUCUUAUUCGCUUCGUGUCCUGCUUGUAUCGUACCAGAACAUGUGGUUGACAUCUGUCUGUGGCUGGGAUACGUCUCGUCCACUAUUAACCCUAUAAUAUAUACGGUGUUCAACAGAACCUUCAGAGCUGCCUUCUUAAGGCUUUUGAGGUGUCAUUGCAGCAGACGAGGUCGAUGUACUCGCUACCGGUCGGUUAAUUCGACCCGCGGAGCAUCCCAGCUUUGUGCGAGGUCAGCGUUGCCUCUCGCUAUCUCACUGCGACCGUCUGCGAUGCCAACCACCACCCCGCCAAAGCAGGAGACCACAGAGACAGUGCUUAUAGAACCUCAGUUGGGAGACUUUAAAAUGCGCUAUUAAUAUCCCUCAUGUGUACUUCAAAGAAUGAACGGUAUUUGACAGGAACUAAUAUUUGGGUCAGUUGGUGAAGUACAAGAAAAUAACAUCAAAAAGCGAUGUGUGCUGUUAAAGAUUUACGUAAACUUAGUAAAAGCAUGUCAAGUCGAGAAGAAAAUUAGUGUCAGGAUUGCUGAUGGCAUUUAAGAAUUUAGUAUGUUAAGAAGAAAAACAAUUUAGAUUUGAUUAUUAUUUAUUUGUGAUUAGUAUUAAUUAACUUGCAAUGUUUUUUUUUUUAAAUAGACAAAAGCUUCUUUAAACUGAUAAAUUGCAGAAGUUAAAAAGUCAUUGUGAAAGAAAUCAAUGCGUAUUAUUUCAGUUAAUAAGUAUGUAAUAAACAUAUAUAAGUAAAGUGGUAAAAAAAAAUUUAAUUUUUAAGUAAUACAAAUAUAUUGAAUACAAUAUAGUUUGUAGUGUGGGUGAGCUUAUACCCAAGUUGCAUAAGCAAAUUAUUACUGAAUAAAUUUAAUAUAAUUAGUAUUUGUUCAAAAGAGUACAUUAUUGUGAAUAAAAUAUAUGUUUAUAUAAUAUAUAGAAAGGUUGAAAAAUGAAAGGGUAAAAUUUAUUAUUCUAUAAAGUAUCAGGUAAACUUAGUUUUAGUUCCCUAUAGAGAGCGAAGCGAAUUAAAAAUACCAGAAAUAAAAUUUAUCUAUUUAUAUUUAUUUUUAUUUAACUUAAGUGUUAGUAUUUUGGAUAUACAUGUAUGGAAUUUUCUAGUCUACAGUUGACAUAUAUUUUAAGUUUUAGCACAUAUGAAAAUAAUUAUAUAUGUCUAUAGUUUAGUUAGAAGGUAAAUCAUUACCAGAACGACUUAUCAUUUAGUAAGUAAGUAAGUAUAGCUGUAGUCAAGUUUCAAAUUUCUUUA